AUGGCCAACAUCAUUUGCUUUUACGCAGCGAAAGGAAAAUGGCCGUAUGUGCCGGGAUUUAUGAAGUACCGAGUUGACAAUGCGGCGCGCAGUUUUUUCAAUCAGAACGACAGUAUCAUCAAACAGUUUUGCACCAAGUGGAUACAGGUCAAGGAGUGCUUUCGUCCUCUAUUCGACAAAUCAAAUACCACAGAAUCGGAAGUAGAAACGCUGGAUGCCAAAAUUCAGGGACAGCGCUGCAACUGCGACAAGUUGCUCCUCUCAACGGAGCCACCUGUGCCGGUUGUCUACUUCGACAAGAACUACAUUGGAAACGUUAGUUCGGAAACCAUUAUGAAUACCAUUGAAUUUCUGGAGAGUUUCCUGCCACCGCCCACUAAGAAACACAAGCGCAAGAAUCGUGUUCGUGGACGCUUAGACGAUAUGGACAUUGAAUAGAUCAUUACAUCAUUAAUUACUUUCGUAACGCACUCAAAUUUAAAUUUUAAUCAUAAUCAUAACCAUCGUUUAAAUUUGAAUUUAAAUUCGGUUAGC